CACACACACACACACACAGAGCGCGAGACGAGCCUAGACCGAUGGAGAAAUUCCCUCCGAAAUUCAGCAGGAUGUUGGUGACCCCCGAGCCGCACUACAUCCCGGGCUAUGCAGGUUACUGUCCACAGCUGAAGUAUCACAUGGGGAAGCCGUACAGUCAGCUCACGGCUCAGCUCCUGACCACGCCCGAGAUUUCACGCUCUCCCAGACUGGUGCUGAGUUCAGAAAGGGACACGGGGACGAGGGAGGAGAUCUGGAGGAGAGGGACAGGACGCGGGAAAAUGCUGCAGAGGAUGAUACCAGGCUACACGGGUUUCAUCCCCAGAAGUCAGAAUUAUUUCUCCAAGACCUACGCAGAGACGUGUCGAGAAGCAAUUAGUGAGUUUGAUUCAGAGCGGAAGGUGAGAAUUCGGCCGGCUACAGCUGACGUGCUACCGGCAGUCGACCGAGCAUUUCCAGACAUCAAGCCGCGGACCCUGAACACUCCUUUGGUGGCCAUCUCUGAAGAAGCGAUUCCCUAUAAAUCCCUGGACCGCUGGAAACCCCUGGACUCUCCAUAUUCGAUGGACGACAGCAGCCCACACAAGUACUUCAUUUCAGGUUUUACUGGCUACGUCCCCAGAGCCAGGUUCCUGAUGGGUUCCAGCUUUCCCAUCACCACCAAUAAGGCACUUAUCCAGUUUGGCAAGCAGAUGAAGGCGAGUCACAGUGCGCUCGGCCUGACAAGAGAGAGCGAUGACAAUCUGGUCUCAGCGCCCACCAUCUACCCCACACACCGUGGCCUGCUGCCCCGCUACACUGGACACGUGCCAGGAUACAGGUUCCGAUACGGACAGACGUUCGGGCAGCUCACCAGCAACUCUCUGGAUCUGAGCGGUACACGCAAGAAGACGAACAGCGAGUGAGGGAUGAAUCAUGGAGCUUUAGAUGGACCCCAGCAGCUGGUCUGAUCACCAGCACUCAGGAAAAAAUAUCACAAUUUUUGAGAUUUAAGAACAACAGGGAGAACAUUUAUGGGGGUUUUUCUUUUUGUUCAUGGAACUAUUCCAACAGUUUACACAGACGCUAUAGAAAUCCUAAUUAUAGUCUUAUGAUAAUAUCUGUAUAUCCAGGAUGCUGAAAAUACUCAUAUUUCAUGUAGUCAGUUCUGUAACUGGCUAUAUUGUAAAGGAUCAUUUUUACACAUAAUAUUAUGGUAUUGUUUUAUUUCUGCU